AUGAACUUCCUCAAGUCCUUUGUCGGGUCCGGCGGCGACUCCGCCGCCAUGAGCCCUGCCAGCGCCGGGCUGGACUAUAGCUCGCCGGCUGGCGUCAUUCAAACCACCUGCGACCGGAUCAUCAGCGCCACACUACAUGAUGAUUGCCUUGCCUCGCUGCAAACCCUGCGGUCCAUGUCGAACUCCUACAAAUCCCUUGUGGCCGAGCGUGCCCUGCCGGCGCUGAUGAGCACCCUCACCGGCGAGCCGGCCGAGCAGAGUGCCAAUGGCGUGGCCAAAACCUACCUCCCGCAUGCGGACCUGGCCCGCAUCGCGCUGGACACCCUGUUCAUUCUGACCACCCCAGACCCCCCGGCUGCUGGCGUGGCCGACAGCAGUGCCACCGUGUGCCAGUCCAUUGUCCAGAACCGGGACUUCCUGCUCUUGAUUAUGCGCCAGCUGCAGCCCUUCGAUGAGCUCCUGCCGCUCGAGCCGGAUGGCACCCGGUCGGACUAUGAAUUCCGCAUUGCCACGCGCAUUUCCGCCAUCAAGCUCCUGGGACGGCUGCUCAAUGUCAACCCCCAUCCAAUCCAGGAUGCCGCCCUGCAGGAUCCGGAUUUCGUGGUCAACAUUCAGGCCGGUCUGUCGGAUGGAAGUGAUCAGCUGCGCACCGAGAUUCCGCUUCUGAUUGCUCCGCUGGCUCAACGGUCGCCACACAUCCAGCAGGCCUUGGCCUACAACAACUGCAUGGAACUCCUGCUGACGAUUGCUCUCAGCGAGGACGGCAUCUAUGGCGGGAUUGUGGUGACCGACGCGCUGGCCGCGCUGGCUUCGCUUCUCCGCUCGGAGAAGGUCCGCGGCAUGUUCCUCGAGUAUGACCUCUUCCCGAAGUUGUGCAGCCUCCUGCACAUCGACGACGUGUCCGACAUCAGCCCCUCGAACGACCUGAACCUGACGCAGCGGUCGUCCUCGCGCGCGCACAUCGUCACCCAGAUUAUUGGCAUCAUUCGGCUGUUCAUCCUGCCAGAGAACUCCGGCAUCGAUGCCGGCUUUUCCAGCCUGGUGUCCCCCUCAUCGCAGUCGCUCUUCGGCCCGAUGUCCGGCGGCGGGGCCAUGAUGAUGGGCUCGAUGGCCCCGAAUCGCACGGUCGAGCGCAAUCUCCUGCGCACCAACAUCAUGACCCUCAUCGGUGGCCUGGCCGUCGGGUCGGGCAUGCAAAUCUACGCGCCCAUCCGCCGGGAGGCUUUGCUGGCCAUCGGCGACACCAUGCGCAUUUACCAGGAGUGCCGCAAGCAGUUUGCCUCGCUGUCGCCGACCCUCUCGCACCAGGCCUCCGGUGGCCGGGUUCGCGAGGAUGCCAUCUCCCACCUGCUGCAGGUGGCCCUCGGCUCGCCGCAUUAUGGGCCUUCGUUGUCGCUUGGGAUCCGCUCGGCCGCGGCCUAUGCCUUCCGGUCCUUCAUCUUCGGCCACCCGGACUCGCAGCAGGUGGUUCUCAACUCGCUGCUGGUUCCCUCGCCGGAUGAUGACGCGUCGUCCCUUCGAACUCUGGCCAUCGGUCCGCUGGCGUCUCUCUCGCAGGAGGAGCUCGAGGCUGACCCCUACCGCGUGUGGUUUGUCUGCAACAUCCUCAGCCACAUUCUGUCGAACACCCCCGCCUGCAAGGAGAAACUGCUUCAGGCCUACAUUGAUCCCACUCAGCCGGGGAGCCAGUUGCUCUUCUUUGCCAUUUGCGAUCGAAUUGUCUCUCUUACUGCGGACGCCCAGCUGAUGGCGUCCAGUCGGCCGAUUUCCAUGUGCGACCUUGCCUCCAUGAUGUCCCCGAAUCGCCUUGCUCCGGGCCAGCUGGAUUUCCUCUUCGUGCUCAUCGCUCUUGUGGCCCUUCUCUCGCUGCUGGCAAUCUGGAUGCAUGACUUCACUCCGGCCGUCAUCAUGGCACUUAAUCAUGGCCGCAUCAUCCAGUCGCUUGUCAACACUGGCAAGAUGUCCCACAUCCCGGACCCCUAUAUCCCGGCCCUUUGCGUCCUGCUGUUGGGUCUUCUCGUGGCCGGAAAUGACAACUCCCUCCCGGAGAUGGAUCGAGCUCGCAUUCGCCGCGAACUCAUCGGCCUCCACCUGUCGCGGGAGAACUUCUUCGCCCUGUUGACCUUCCUCCAGGACUCGGCUGCCUUCAGGUCGGCUGUGUCGGCCUCGUUCGCCCCGCUGCCGCAUGUGUCCUCCAUGCCGACGGUCAACUCGCCCCAUUGGCGGCCCUGGUUCAGCGGAGAUGGCGGCUUUGCCAGCUCCCCGGUUGACCAUUCGGUCCCGCUCUUCUUCGAUGCGGACUUUGUGCGGUUCUUCCAGUCGGUUCUUCGCCUGCACUGA